GCCCAGACCCACGGAGAGGAGAGCAGCAGAGCAAGCGCCGAGCCAGGCUCAGCCACUCGCCGCCGCCUCCGCCUCCAGCUCCGGCUCCGGCAGCUCAGCCUCCGAUACAGCUCCCGGCGACACAAGGCAACGGAAAAGGAUGGCUCUCCGGCGCAGCGCCGGAUCCCUCGCGCUCCGCGCCGCCGCCGCCUACCUCCGCCGCCACCGUCCCCAUCCUCCUCCCCCACUGGCCCUCGCCGCCCCCGCCCCCGCUCCCACUCCCAUACGCAGCCCGCUCGCCCCGCCAUGCCGGCACUUCGCCGCUCCGCCUGGUACUCAGGUCAAUAAGAAGCGAGGCAAGGAGGAGGACGAAGGCCCCCGCUUGAACAACGCCAUCACGGCGCCCUUGGUCAGGCUCGUCACGGAUGAAGGCCACAACGUUGUCCCCCUGCAUGAAGCACUGCAGCUUGCGAGCAGGAUGGACAUGGACUUGGUUGAGGUCGACAGAAAAUUAUACCCUCCUGCUGUGAAAAUCAUGGAUUUUCACAAAGAGAUGUAUAAGAAAGAAACCAAAGUGAAAGAACGCUUGAAAGCCAAGUCUGCUAUUGUCUUACGUGGUGGGGAGAACAAAGAAGUGCGAUUUAAGGGGAAAACUGAACUAAAAGAUUUGAUGGUCAAAGCAGAUGGGAUUACCAGAUUAAUGGAGCGGGGUUACAGGGUGAAGUGCAUGGCCAUGCCCUCAGGUAAUGAAGGAGAAGAUUUAGGAACACCACUAUCUCGGUUAUUAGGACUUAUACAAGAUGUGUGCAUUGUCGAAAGUGGGCCACACUUAGACUCGAAGCAUGCAUAUGUUAUUGUCAGGCAUGUGAAGUUUGCAACAAAGAAAGGUGGGAAGAAAGCUAGCCAGGCCAUAGAAGAGUCAGGAAAAGGUACCAGCAGUGCUGUCUCCGAGUCAAUUGUUGAUGGUAGCAAUAGCGCAGACAAGACAGUUGGAGAUGGUUUAGGAAAACCUGAUGAUCGUACCAUCUCAGAUCGUGUUAAGAAAACAGCCACCCAUCUCUCCGCAGACUCUGCUGCCCAAAAAGAGGGGCAGGAUAGAGAAUUUAAAAGGGACUUCAAUUGGUCAAAAUCCAACCCAGGGGCUGGGGGAAACAGGAUUAAUCCUGGACAGUUAGGACCACAAGCAUCUGAACGUGGACUUGGCUACAAGGAUGGGCAACCUGGCAUGGAAAAGCGAGAGAGUAACGUGCAGGAUCAGGGUCCUGUUGAAACCAACAGAUACGCUGCUCGGAGGCAGCCAAUACGAGGAGACAACAACCGAGGUUUCAACCAAGGAAGACCCCCUCAAGAUGAUAGAAGGAAUGAAAAUGGAGGCCGUUAUGACAACCAGAGACCUCUGGAACAGCAGCAUAACCGACCACUACCGAGGUUCAACCAAGGUGGAUUGCCACAAGAUCCAAGGAACGAAAGGAGAGGUCCUUUUCCACUGAAUAACAACCAAAGGCCACCAGCAGGUGGUGGUGAUCCUAAUCGAGCAAGCAAGGGUUUUGGGAUCUUCAGUAGUACUCCGAAACCUGGAUCAUCUGAGCAGAGUAAGUCGGAUGGUAGCAGUAAGCCUGGUACAGCUGACCCGCCUAAAAGCUUUGGGAUUUUUAGUUCUAGAAAAUGAGAUAGCCAAGGGUUCUACAGAAGAGGACUCCGGAUAUUCCAUUUGGCACAAUGGAUCAAAUCCUAGUUGUAAGGUUCAACAAACCUGCAGGCAUGGAUGGGGUUUGUUGGUAUUUUAUUAGUAAGGAUUUAUGGACGAUUGGAGGUUCAUUUAGCCUCAGCAGAUUUGUUGUUUCGGUGAUGAGAAAAGGAUCAGUGACAAGGAAAUUUUGAGAAAUACUUGUGUUGAGGGGCUCUUAACUUGUUGACAUGCUGCCAUUGUCUCGUUCGGAGAAUUAUUAUUUGUAUUCGAAAUAUAGUACAAGCCAUAGUUUUUCCCCCAUUCUAUUGUGUAGACAAUUGUCAUGAUAAUCAUCUGUACAAACAAGCAGAACCCAAUGAUAUAUUUUUAAAUAAUUAUUGUUUGGGGCC